UGUUCCUGAAACCUGCAUUUCUGAGCUCUGAAAUUCAGACCUGGGGUGGUUUUUCUGGCCCUGUGACUCCACUCCAAGCACACUGUGAUGGUACUAAGCCACGGCAGUGAGCUCAGGCAGCAGGAAGAGCUGAGGCAGCAGCGGGGUGGCAGGCAGGAGAAUCCUUGCCCUAAUCCCUGACAACCCUCUGUGGCCUUGGGUAAAUCCUGCUGGGAGGAUGGGGCUGCAGGAAUGGUUCCACUGGGCUCCCAGCCCUGUAGGGGUUUUCAGUUGUUCUCUUGCACUUCUCUUUCAUUGUGUUGGAAAAUCUGAAGGGUUUUCCCCAACUUGGCUGCUGCUCAUUAUGAGAAGGAGCUGUUCUCUGGAUGGAGCAGGGCUUGAUCAAGACCUUUGAAAGCCACCACAAGCUUCUGUGUCCAGAGAUGGUUUCCAAAGCAGGACACGGAGCAGAGCCCAGCCCAUCCCCUGGCACCAGUGUGGCGCUGUGCCCCAGUGCCACUGCCCAGCCCCUGUCCUUGGGGACCUGUGUCCUGUCCCCCCAGCUAAGAUGGCAUUAGCCCAGCCCCGAUGCACUCACCCAAGCAGAUUAGCUGUAAGACCUUAAGACAAAACAGCAGCUACUCACCCCACACCGCACACUGCUGAGGAUGCCUGCCCUGAAGACCCUGCUGGCCCUGGCCAUCCUCACGUCCCUGGCUGGAGGAAGUAAGUGUGCCCUGGCUGCGGGCAGCUCGAGGUCGGGCACAUCGCUGUAGCUGCUCCUGCUUGCUGCUGCCCUGUCCCUGGCACCUGCCCCGGGCUGCCCACCGUGCCCCUGCCCCGUGCUGCUCCCAGCCCUGCAGGAAAGUGAUGUUUGGGGAGGGAGGGUGGCUUUGUCCUCUGGGUAGCACCGAUAGAAGCCCCCUGUCCCUUGCCUCCCUGCCAGGCGUGCUGUGCCCAGCAGGGACCACAGAGUCUCUGGUCCUCAGCUCUGAUGGAGGUUCCUGAGCCAAAACCCUGCAGCUUCUCUUGGCUAGAGCUGUGUUUGCCUGCUAACGCUUGGUUCCUCCAAGGCACAAUCACAAGAAGCUGUUGUAAAAGGCAGGGGGGUGGCUGCACUGCUCAGAGCAAUGCCAUGGAGCAGCUCUGGACUGCUCCAGGACCUUUGGACCAAGGCAAGAUGAACAUUAUUGUAUUCAGGGUGCCCCCAACAAAGGUGAGGAAGGAAUGAUGAAUCUGACUCUGUGUUCUCAGAAAGCUAAUUUAUUAUUUUAUGAUACUAUAUUAUAUUAAAUAAUACUAAACUAUACUAAAGAAUACAGAAAGGAUACUUACAGAAGGCUAAAAAGAAACUUGUGACUCUUUCUAGAGCCUCGACACAGCUUGAUCCUGAUUGGACAAUAAGUCAAAAUAAUUCACACGAAACCAAUGAAACCUGUUGGAUAAACAAUCUCCACUUCCAAAGGAGCAAAACACAGGAGAAGCAAAUGAGACAAUAUUGUUUUCUUUUUUCUCUGAGGCUUCUCAGCUUCCCAGGAGAGAAAUCCUGGGUGAAGGGAUUUUUCAGAAAAUGUGAAUAUGACAGAAUGCAAUUUUAUUUUUAGCUCAGGGCAGAUGAAAGGCUGUGCCGUGCUGUGAGGAACAGCAAAGGAGACAAACACAACCCAGCAGAGGAAGCCGGGUCGUUGUGGGUUAAUGGAAGGCGUUUACUGGUCUCUGACCCCGUGCAAUCCCAGUUUUGCCCAUUCACGGGUUUUCUGUCCCGGAGAUGGAGGUGGAAGCUCCGCUGCCACGAGAGGGCUCCGCUCCCUCAGCGAGGCACAGACGAGUUCCACUCCAGCCAGCGCUGGCUUAUCCAGCCCCACCAAAAUCGAGGAUUUGCCCUUUCAGGCAGGAGCAGGAUCUUAGCUCUGGCCUUUUCUGGGGUCACACAGCUCUUGCAGCACUCUCGGCUCUGGCUGCUGUCUGACCUGCCUGUGGGACUCCUUAAAGGACAAUCUGGAGAUGGCUCGUCCCUCCUGCAGCUGCCUGGCACUGUCACCCUGCUUGUCCCCAGGCUGAGCUUCCAGAGCACAGGGUGGAAUGUGGCAGCUGCUCCCACAGGUUGCAUGGAUUCUCCCUUCUCCCCCCACCCAAAAUUCUUAUUAAAAUGAGAUCUGGCACAAGAAGACAAAGAUCUAGGAUGGUUUUUAAAUAUUAUGUCUACCUAUUUUUACUGUAAAAGGAAUUCCAGGACUCUCAGGGAGUCUCUGCAGGGCAAGGACUCGGCAGAGCUCACCUGCCCGGUUUGGCUCUCAUCAUUUUGAGUCACACUUGGAAGAGUUUUGCAUUAAUUUUGUGGACAGGUGAGGCCCCAUCCUGCAUCCUGCUGCAUGCCAUGGCAGCACGUGCUGAUGGCUCAAAUCUGGUGCCAACUCUUACCUGUGACCCCUCCAGGUCCCUGGGCUGGAGACCCACAGACUGUCAGGGCACUGGGGGCUCUGGGAUGGUACAUUGCUGUCACUCUCACUCCUCCUCCUCCUCACCUUCACCCAGGCAAAGCUCUGAAAUGCCACAAAUGUGUCGCAUCCAACGAGAACGACUGCAACCAGCAGGGAUCCCACAGCUGCCCCCAGUACGCCGACGCCUGCUCCACCAUCACUGCACCCAACAGCGUCAUUAAAUCCUGCUCCUACAAGUCCUUCUGUGACCAGGCUCGCCGCGGCGGCUCCGGCGGGGCCACCGUGCGCUGCUGCUUCAGCGACGACUGCAACGGGCCGGCUCGGGGCUCCCGGAGCGGCGCGGGGGCCACCCCGCCGCCCCCGGCCGGCCUGCUGGCCACCGCGCUGGCCGGCACGCUGCUGCUGGGCCGGCUCUGAGCGCCGGGCCCGGCUGCUGGCCGCUCUAGCCUAGGGAUGCGGCGGGGAUGCUCUGUGCCAGGGGUCCCAUCGCUGUCAGUUCAAUAAACGCUGCCCUGAGAACCGCGUCCGCAGCCGCUCCUUGGCAGGGAAGCCAAACCCGUGCCAAACAGAACCGGUUUGGCGUCUGGUGCCGCCCCGGAGGGCUCUGCUGGGCACAGCCCGCGAUCCCAGCGCAGAUUCUCUCCCCGCUGGUCCAACAGAGAUGCUUUUGGGCUGCUUUCCACAACCUGAGGAGAAAGGUUUUGGCGGCUGCUGAGACACGGGGGAGAUGUGAGGCUGCUCUGUGGUCUGGGGCUGCGGGUGGUGCCACAGCUCAAAGCUCUGCUAGGAAGGACAGGUGAGAGAGAGGAGGAUGCUGU